AUGAGUAAUCUGGGCAUGAAGCUCUUCUGGGCGCUCGUGUACGGCUACUGCGCGCUGUGCGCCUGCCUCGCGGCGCUGCGCCUGCUCUGCGGCCUCGCCCGCCGCCCCGGCAGCACCUCCCGCCGCGCCGUGCGCGAGAACCCGCCCGGCUGCCUGCUCGACCCCUCGCUCGGCACCCACUGCUACGUGCGCAUCAAGGAUUCUGGGUUAAGAUUCCACUAUGUGGCCGCUGGAGAAAGGGGUAAACCACUCAUGCUGCUGCUCCAUGGCUUCCCAGAGUUCUGGUAUUCUUGGCGCCAUCAAUUGCGGGAAUUUAAAAGCGAGUAUCGAGUGGUGGCCCUGGAUUUGAGAGGCUAUGGAGAAACAGAUGCUCCUUCUCAUAAAGCAUAUUACAAGUUAGAUUGCCUGAUAACAGAUAUAAAGGACAUUUUGGAAUCUCUAGGCUACAACAAGUGUGUGCUGGUUGGCCAUGACUGGGGAGGAAUGAUCGCUUGGUUAGUGGCCAUCUGUUACCCAGAAAUGGUGACUAAACUGAUUGUGGUUAAUUUCCCUCAUCCUUCUGUGUUCACAGAAUACAUUCUACGACAUCCAUCACAAUUGAUUAAAUCUGGUUACUUCUUCUUUUUCCAAAUGCCAUGGUUUCCUGAAUUCAUGUUUACACUAAAUGAUUUCAAGAUUCUGAAAAACUUAUUUACCAGCCAAGCCACUGGAAUUGGAAGGAAAGGAUGUAGAUUAACAGCAGAGGAUGUUGAAGCUUAUCUCUAUGUCUUUUCACAACCUGGAGCAUUAACUGGACCCAUUAAUCAUUACAGAAAUAUUUUCAGUUGCCUACCUCUGCAGCACCAUGAAGUUGUCAUGCCAACCCUGCUGUUAUGGGGAGAGAAAGAUGCAUUUAUGGAAGUUGAGAUGGCAGAAAUGACACGGAUUUAUGUUAAAAAUCAUUUCAGAUUAACUAUUUUGUCCGAAGCCAGCCAUUGGCUCCAGCAGGAUCAACCUGACAUAGUGAACAAGUUGAUAUGGACCUUUCUAAAGGAAGAGACAACACGAAAGAGAGAAUGAUAUUUGUACAUGUUUUAAGAGGUCUACAUAGAAGCUCUUCAGAUUUAAAAACUAACUGUUAUCAGGGCCAUCUUUCCAGCCUGCCUUCUAUUCUGAGCUCUGUUAGAGAAGUGUUUUCAAUGUACUGUACAUUUGGACACUGAUGUUACUGCUAAAACAAGAAGCGAGUAUGAGAAUAUAUGAUACCAACAUUGUUUUUACUUGUAUACUUGUAUUUUGCACAUAAAAACACCUGCCUUAAGAUAUAUGUAUUUGUACAGAAAAGUCAUGGAAAGUUGCUUGGUUUUGUUUUUUCACUUGCUUUACAGUUUUAAUGUGUGGUGCCUUUUAAAAUUUAUAGACAAUGGAGUGGUGCCAUACAGAAAGGAAGCUAUGAGUUUUCAUUGUAGAUUUGCCUGGAUUUUUUUACUGUAUUUUACCAUUAAAACACUUACUAACUCUUUUUAUUAUCUAUAUUUUAGCAUACUGAGUGACUGAACAAUUUCUGGGCACAUUUCUAGUCUUCAGGUGACCAACGAUACAUACCUUGUUGUACUGUUGAAUGCAGCUGCUUUGUGCAAUGUGUUUUCUUGA